CGUUCAGAUCAGGAAAUUUGACUACACAAACAAAACCAAAGUUUCACGGAGCAAACCAGAGAGAUCCAUUGAAGGAAAGCAAAGCUAUCCACCCUGAAAAUUCCAAAUGGGUGCUCUGUUGAAACUCGUAGACGCCACUCUCUUCGUAUUCUUCGUCGUGAUUGCGGUGGCUGCGCCGUUUAUCGACGGGCAGACAUGUCUGCCGCAGAGCUUCUUCCCGGAGGUGUUGGUGGAGCUCAAGAGCUGGUACGCGCGCACCUAUGGAGAUUAUCUGGUGAGCCAGAAGCCUCAUUUCUUUGUUGGGAUCGUUUGGGUUGAGCUGCUCUUCCAAUGGCCUCUGGCGGUUGCCAACUUGUACGGAAUUCUGGCCGCCAAGUCUUGGUUGAACACCACCUGUUUGAUCUAUGGCGCUUCGGUAUUUACCUCCAUGGUUACAAUACUAUCAGAGCUUGUUCAGUCCGGCAAGGCUUCUGAUAAGCUGUUAUAUGUGUACUCCCCUUUUUUGGGAUUAGGUGUUUUGGCCAUGUUGCGGGGGCUGCUGCCGCAAUCCAGCACGACUACUUCAAGGAUUGGCAAGAGACCUACAUUGGGUAGGAAAAAGAAGGCCUGAAAGACAACUGCCUGACUUAGAUUUUGCGAGUUAUUGUUAUUGUGAGAGUUUCAUGUUUGUCCCCUUUCAGUUGCUGGUUAUGCAACAAAUUGGAAGAUUUUAGCAAUGUAACAAAUGAAAUCCUUCUUAUGCAAGAUUGGAAGAUUUUAGCAAUUGGAUUCACUAUUACUUGGUUCGGUUAAUUGCAUAUCGUCUUUUAACGUUGUA